AUGGGCCCGCUCGACCAAUCAGGUCAAGAGAAGCCUCAUGCUUCUCCAAGGGGGCCAGGCAAGAGCGCUGCGCCGCUUAUUCAAGUGGUGAGCAGUGUGAUACUCUCCUAUAAUUUUGCUCCAGAAACAAAUGACAAAGCCCAAGUUGUUUUCUCCCACUGGACGUUUCCAAAUGCAACCAAUCAACAAUGGGGAAUCCUUCAGCUACUGCUAUAUUUCAGGUGGAAAUUAAUUGGGGUGAUGUAUUUCAGUGUUAUCAAUACUGAUACGUUUCUGCAGAACAUGCUUCUGACGUUUUCACGGAGUGGUAUCUGCUUUGACUUCAUUAAGAAAUUACCAGUAUUAACUUUUUCCAAUCAGGUUGAUAACAUAAUGGAUGAGACCACUGAAAUAUUCCAUGCAGUCAUGGAAAGUAGAGCCAAUGCAGUGUUCUUACAUGGUGGAAUUCACACCAUAAUAUAUUUGAGACAUGCUUGUCAGUUGUUAGCAUUUGAAGGCCUACAGUGGAGUGAAAAAGGUAAAGUGUGGAUUAUGACAGCCGAGAUGGAUUUUGCAUCACUUCCCAUUCAAAGAGGAUUUGAUCUAGACUUCCUCCAUGGUGCUUUAUCCUUUGCAAUUCACUCAGAGGAUAUAUUAGGAUUCCAGACAUUUCUACAGAUGAGAACCCCUGCCAAAGAAAAAGGAGAUGGCUUUCUCAAGGAUUUCUGGGAACAGGCAUUUAAUUGUGUGUUCCCCAGCUCAGAGGCAGAUGAGAAGACUGAAGAAGUCUGCACUGGGGAGGAGAAACUGGAGACUCUCCCCAGGUCUGUGUUUGAAAUGCGCAUGACUGGCCACAGUUACAGCCUCUACAAUGCUGUCUAUGCUGUGGCACAUGCUUUGCAUGCCAUACAUUCAUCCAUGUCUAAGCACAGAACAGAGAUACAUGGAGGGGGAUGGAGACUUUGGAAUCUUCAGCCAUGGCAGCUCCUUCACUUCUUGAGAAGAGUCGCGUUCAACAAUAAUGCUGGGGAAACGGUUUCUUUUGACAAAAAUGGAGAAUUGGUGGGCGGAUUUGAUGUUAUCAACUGGAUCACAUUCCCAAACAAGUCUUUCCUCCGAGUCAAAAUUGGAAGAGCAGACCCGAAUGCUCUCCCAGACAAUGCAUUCACUAUUUCUGAGGAUACCAUUGUGUGGCCCAUCAGGUUUAACCAGGCACUGCCUCUUUCAUUGUGUAAUGACAAUUGCCAGCCAGGUUAUAGAAGAGCAAAGAAGGAAGGGAAGCCACUGUGUUGCUAUGAUUGCCUUCCAUGUACAGAGGGGAAGAUUUCAAAACAGAAGGAUAUGGAUGACUGUGAUCAAUGUCCAGAAAAUCAUUAUACAAAUGAUGAUCAGGAUUUAUGCCUUCCCAAAGUGAUCACUUUCUUGUCUUAUGAAGAACCUUUGGGCACCAGUUUGGCCAUUUUUGCUCUUUCCUUGUCUUGCAUCACAGUUUUUGUGCUUGGGACUUUCAUGAGGUAUCACAACACUCCCAUUGUCAAAGCCAACAACCGGAGUCUCUCCUACACUCUCCUCAGCUCCCUCCUGCUCUCCUUCCUUUGUGUUUUCCUCUUCAUUGGUCGACCUGAGAAGUCGACCUGUCUUCUUCAGCAACCAGCCUUUAGCAUCAUUUUCUCUGUCGCUAUUUCUUGCAUGCUGGCCAAAACCAUCACAGUGGUUCUAGCUUUCAAGGCCAAAGAGCCAGGAUCCAGCAGGAGAAAGUGGGUAGGGAAAAGACUGUCCAUUUCCCUUGUGCUUUCCUGCUUUCAUCUUCAAGCAGGCAUUUGUGCAAUAUGGUUAGGAACCUCUCCUCCAUUCCCAGAUUUUGACAUGCAGUCCCUGACUAGGGAGAUUAUAGCAGAAUGUAACCAAGGGUCUGUCUUCAUGUUUUAUCUUGUUCUGGGCUACAUGGGACUUCUGUCCAUCAUCAGCUUCUCUGUGGCUUUCCUUGCCAGGAAGUUGCCAGACAGUUUUAACGAAGCCAAGUUCAUCACCUUCAGCAUGUUGUUGUUCUGCAGUGUUUGGUUGUCUUUUGUUCCUACCUACUUGAGCACCAAAGGGAAAUAUAUGGUGGCUGUGGAGAUCUUCUCCAUCUUAGCUUCUAGUGCUGGGCUACUGGCUUUUAUCUUUUUCCCCAAAUGCUACAUCAUUUUGCUGAGGCCUGAACUGAACAAAAGGGGCCAGAUGGUGAAGAGACAAUAUUGA